UUAUUUGCAUUUAAACCCCACUUACAGUGUACUUAAAAGUAUUUGAAACGGGUUUCUGAUUUCCCGCGACACGUUCAACGUAACCCAAGCUGCGUUCACAGCCACCACUGUGUUCUCGCUUGUUGUGAAAGGUGGUGCUCUGAGCUGCCCGUAGCAUGGGGAUGUUUGUAUUCCGCUGUGGGCGGUUUCUAAAGCCAGUUUCGCCUCCAGCUGCUCGCUUCUCACCUGCUCUGUAUUUUGCUCAAUACACUAAAAUCGUGCAGAAGAAGCUGAAGCCCACGGCGGUGGUGUCAGAGCCGUCCAGCCCUCCUCCUUCUUCCACCCCUCUGUCUCCGGACCAGUUGGAGAAGAUCGCCCGCAACAAGAGAGCGGCGCUGGAGAGACUCUCCUCUGCUCAGACGCCGCCAGGUUUCGGGGAGAGCUGGAGAAAGGGGCUGAGUGCAGAGUUUGGGAAGCCCUAUUUCAAACAACUGGUGAAUUUUGUUUCUGAAGAGAGGGGGCGCCACACAGUGUAUCCGCCCACCGGAGAGGUCUUUACCUGGACACAGAUGUGUGACAUCCGCGAUGUCAAAGUGGUGAUCCUUGGCCAGGAUCCGUAUCACGGUCCUAACCAAGCACACGGAUUGUGCUUUAGUGUCAAAAGACCAGUGCCUCCUCCACCCAGUUUGGAGAACAUGUAUAAGGAGCUGGUUUCAGACAUCGAAGGCUUCAAGCACCCUGGACACGGAGAUCUGACUGAAUGGGCCAAACAAGGUGUGCUGUUGCUCAACGCUGUGUUGACCGUCCGAGCGCACCAGGCCAACUCCCACAAAGACAGAGGCUGGGAGACCUUCACUGACGCUGUGGUGCAGUGGCUCAGCAACAACCUGGAGGGUCUCGUCUUCAUGCUGUGGGGGUCAUAUGCUCAGAAGAAAGGAGCUGCUAUUAACAGGAAACGCCACCAUGUGCUGCAGGCUGUGCACCCCUCUCCCUUGUCUGCUCAUCGUGGAUUCUUUGGGUGCAGGCAUUUCUCAAAGGCCAACGAGCUGCUGAAGAAAUCUGGGAAGUCGCCCAUAGACUGGAAGGCCCUCUAAGCUGUUAUGCAUGUCAUCUUUUCUAACAUGUGUGACGAUUAACUACAGACCAAAACACACCCAUAAGCUUUCUCCGUUUCCUAGUUCAGCAGUUUUUUUUAUAAAAGAGUUCAUGUUGGCACUUUUUUUAAUAUACACUGUAUUUUCUUAGAAGCAAUUCUGUUGUAGUGCAUCUUUGUAUCAUCUGCACUUGUCAGUGUCAACAAUGUAAAUAUGUUUGUGUACACUCUUGGCCUUCUUAGUUUGCACAUUAAAGUUUGCUUCUUUUUUUUCUACUGAAAGGUUGGUUCCAUUAAAGUGGUUCAGAAAAGUG